AUGUGUGUUAGUGGUGGCGGAUCAUAUGAUUAGGAAGGUUUUGGCAUUAAAAUUGGGUAAUGGAUUGAUUUGAAGGAGGAAUUUAGACGAAAACACAAUUGUAAUCCAUUAAUGUCAAUAUAAAAAUGGUAAAAAUUUGGUAAAUGUGAUAUGAAAUGGAAUUGGACAAUGUAAUAUAUAUCAAUUAUGGAUUAAUCUUAUGCUUAUGCCAGUGGAUCAUAUUAAGAAGAUGGUAUAAAAAUUGGGUAAUGGAUUGAUUUUGCUGAAGGAUUUAGUUUUGGAUAACAAUUAAUUUUUAAAGACGAAUAUAAAAAUGGUCGAAAAUUUGGUAAUUGGAUGUUUAGUAUCGAAUUUGUUUAAGUUACCCUGAUUUACAACAAUCUUUCCCAAAAAUGUAUACAAUAAUAUAUAAAGGCCUUAAUUAAUCCAAUAAUGUACGAUAGUGGUAGUGGGUCGUAUGAUGAAGAAGAUAAAGGUUAUAAGAUUGGGCAUAGGAUUGAUUUGGAAUUAAAUAAUUUAUAGUGGUCUAUAUGA